GUUGGGCUCCGGUUGCUGUCGCUGUCACCGCCGCCACCCGCCGCCUCUGCUGUCCUUGCCCAAUUCAGCCCCGGGGUGCUCCCCGCUCGGCUCCUGUUGGUGUCCUCAGAGAAUGGGAGGCUGCUAAGCCCAAGCGUUGGUGUUCGGUAGGAGCGGCGUGUCUCGCCUUGUGGCAGGGAGGGUGUCCAUGGCUGCAGCCAACAAGGGCAACAAGCCCCGAGUCCGGAGCAUCCGAUUUUCAGCAGGCCACGAUGCAGAAGGCUCCCACAGCCAUGUGCACUUUGAUGAGAAGCUGCACGAUUCCGUGGUCAUGGUCACCCAGGAGAGUGACAGCAGUUUUCUUGUCAAGGUUGGCUUCCUGAAGAUCCUGCACAGGUACGAAAUUACCUUCACCCUGCCUCCAGUGCACAGGCUGAGCAAGGAUGUCCGUGAAGCACCUGUCCCCAGUCUGCACCUCAAGCUUCUCAGCGUCAUGUCCAUCCCGGAAGGUUACAGCGUCAAGUGCGAGUACUCUGCGCACAAGGAGGGCGUCCUUAAGGAGGAGAUGCUGCUAGCCUGCGAGGGCGGCAAUGGCGCCUGUGUGCGUGUGACGGUGCAGGCACGCGUCAUGGACCGGCACCACGGCACCCCCAUGCUGCUGGACGGCGUCAAGUGCGUGGGUGCAGAGUUGGAAUAUGACUCGGAGCACAGCGACUGGCACGGCUUCGACUGAGGCCGUGUCCACCGCCCCCCCCCCCACCUGCCCCCGCCUGCCGCUGGGCCCUCAGCCUUAAAUCCCACCUCUUCUCCCCGACAUGCUGCGUGAUGAUGUGGCUUACUCCACCCUUCCCAGGGUGGGCAUGGGGGCUGAGUGCCCGGGGGCUUCUGAGCCGGGCUCUCGCCCAUGCCUCUCACCUCUGCCUUCGUUCGUGCAACCGCCCCCUUCCCGAGGCCUCCUCUCCUGCUUCCUCUUCUCCAUGUGCCUCAGUCUCCUGCUGGAAGAGAUGGAUUGAGCCCCCAAGGAGGCUAUUUGAGGAAGGGAGUAGGGAGAGGGCCAGGGGUGGGCUCGAGCCACCCCCACCCAAGCCAUAGGGGCUCCAGCAGGGCUGGGGAGCGGAGGGAACUGGCGUGGGAUGCUGCUCCACCACUGCUGUUGCCUUGCGCUUUAGCCACAUCUCCCUCCCCUUCCCCACUGCUGCCCACAGCGAGUCAGAGGGAAGUGCAGGCCCCCUACCCCCAAGGCCUGUGUUACUUGGUUUUUAAACAACUGAUUGGGAUAAAACCCUAAAAAAUAAAAUUUACAGUGGCUACCAGGG